AUGGCAGACGCCAGAUCACGCAAAUCAUCAAUGGCCUCACUUGCAUCAAGGCAGGCAUCCCCUCUUAUAACUCCAGCCACACUAGAAGGACCUUCUGACGCACCUACAAGUUGCACAAGGGUUGAACUCCAUCCAGAAAUCCUCUGGCAGCAAGAGGAUGCUACAAAACUCGAUCACCUACACAGAUAUCUCAUAGGCAACAAUGCCAGCAGCAGAUCACAACCUCCAGCGCUCCACAGACUCCUGGAGAAGAACACAGGCCAUCUUAUCAGCCAUCUAGAUGCUUGGAAACAAACCAUGUUGCAGGAUGUGACACAAGCAGUAGAGAGCACAAUUCAGCGCCUUCUGACUGCCCCCAGCAACACAGAUCCACACACACCUCCCAGAAGAGUCUUCACAGUCAUAGACAACACCCCCAAGGCCCCUUCUGGCUCAGGCAGCUCAGGCAACAGGGACUUCUUAGUCCCUAUCAAGGAUGAGCCUGACCCAAAAGGAAAAAGGGUCAAAUUGGAGUCACCAGAACCACCUAAAGCAACCCCAAACACCUCCUGGGCAAUCCCACACACCCAGGAACACCUUGACCACAAUCCAGAGCAGCCUUACAUCAGGCCAACACCUGUAGAUCUCCCAAACACAUCCCAAGCAGCAACAAGUAAUCCCCUAAGCAAAGGAUAUCUAUCAGCACAACCAGGAGAAACAAAUGAAGAAAAGGAGGCAAGAACGUUACACAACAUUGCUACCAUCAUGGGCAGAGCCUUAUCUGUCCCACUGCAGAGCACCUUCAGGGGACUGUCCCAAACUCCUGGCCCAGCCCAAGCGAAAUCCAAAAUCCCUGCUCCUGAAAAUAAUGCUUCCUCAUUCCCUUCUGAUCACAGUCGAAUCUCCUUUGUCCUCAUGAACCUAAAAGAUGGACAACCCAAGAAGUGGGGACAGAUCUAUCUAGAGAAGCUGCUGAAUGGGGAUGACAAGCCAACCUUGGAAUCCUGGAAUACCUUUGAAGCAGCAUUCUUGCGCAACUGGAGCGACCCAGCAGCAGCACAAAUUGCAGAACGACGCCUGCGUGAGCUCAAGCAGCUGAAAUCAGCAAGCAAUUAUGCCACAGAGUUUAGAAUCAUAGCCAGCAAGCUAGAAUGGUCAGACCCCGCCCUCAUUGCCUCCUUCCAACAGGGGCUCAAGGCAGAAGUCAGAAGCAAGCUGAUUGAGUACACCCUGCACAAGAACAUCACUACGCUGGACGAAUUCAUUUCUACUGCCUGUCUAAUUGAUGACACGCUGUUUGAAGCACACAAGGAGCUAAGAAAAGAUAGCAACAGCAGCACCAGCUCACCACAGCACCCAGCUCAGGGGCGCUCUAGCAAUUUUGUCUCCAAGAAGAUUCAGGAAGCAAGAAGAAACGCUGGAGAAUGUUCCAAGUGUGGGGAGAAGUCUCACAAAUGGGAGGACUGCAAGAAUGGAUGGCGCCUCAAAACAAUAGAACGCUCUAAGCCUGAAUCAGGAAAGGCUGCAGAAGUAGAAGAGCUGGAAUUGCUUCCCCAAGCGGGAAAAGUCUGA